AUAUCGCAGAUAAGUGAAUUCAUUACAGUUAAUAACAUUGAACACGGUGUAUAUACCAUAGACAAUCUCCUACCACAUACGACUGUUGAAUUCUACACACGACAUUCGAGAUUAUAGUCGGCGGCAUAUAAACUGAUGGACCACCUAGCGAACAUGGAUCAGCAGAGACUAUAUGUACAAGUGGAUGUGAUUGCACCACGGUCAGCAUCCGCCAACGACUUUUUGGCCUAUGAAUAUUUUGGGCUCUGGAGCACUGUCGUUUAUUGAACGGCAUGUAAAACGGCAUGUCUUUGUGUUCAAGUCACUUAGACUAGGGUACGAGCGGUUUUAGAAAGUGUGUACCGAUGAAUUAACUGGUAAAUAGCACGGGUAUUUUUUCGCUCGAACGGGCCCUAAGAAGGAAGUUAAAGGAUUUAUUUAACAAUGAUGAACAGAAAUUAGGUCUACAUACCAGGACAUUCUGUCUUUCAAUUGCUCAGGACUGCGUAUUAUGUUUGCUUUCCAACUACAAACCUUUUAUAUUUGUAUAGCAAUACUAAUACUAAGCACACAAGGAAGUAACUGUAAAAACUGUUGUAUAAUUAUUCAGUGCUCAGUCUGAAUUUAGAAUCCAGAUUCAGAAAUUCUGUUCUGAAUCAGUGACAGUAUAGGAGAAAACGACAUUGCUAAAAAGUCACAGAUUUUUAGACCUACCAAGGAGUAACAUCAUUACAGCUGUGGACUUGAAGAUGUACGGUACAGCAUGUAGGUGGAUUUUUAUUCAAAUAGCUACACAAGUCUGCUUGUACCGACUUACGGAAUCUACAGAUCCAAUGGAUAUAACAUUCUACUCAGAGUCACCACACAUUUCAAAUGUCCGUGGAUACGCGCUUCAAAACAGCAAAACAACAGAUUUAUCAAUCGGCAUAUUAAACAAGAAUAACAAGGAAAAUGUAACCUGGACUGAUACUGGACAUUCAGAUGGAAAAACAGGGUAUGAUAGAAUUAGGAACAUGCCAGGAAAUAAAAUAUUUGACACACCAAGCGAAAUAGCAUACAGGAUACAUAAAGAUUUUGUUUAUCUCGGUGUCAGAAAUUUACAAAUCUCUCAAACAGUCGGCGUGUUUUCAUUUGAAGCUACUAAGUCUGCAGUGGUAACCAGGUCGGCAAUUGUUGUGACGUCAGCAUCAGCCAACAUUAGAAUGCAGUUUCGAACGAUGACUGUAGGAAUUGGGGAAUCCGUCACUAUCCAACUCAGUAAAGGCGAAGCUUAUACCAACUUACGAUGGAGACAAAAUUAUGGUGACGCAAUUCAAAUGUGGAACGGUGAAUCGUCCGUUACGAUUUCAAAUAUACGCGCUAAAGAUGACGGGGUAUAUGAAUGUUAUACCGAUGGCAGUCCCGUUAACAACAACCGUGGAGUAAUGAGACUCAUUGUUAGAGAUUGUCCAUUUCCAAAAUGGAGUCCCCCUGAAUGUGAAAUGGACUGUCCUGUGUGUUAUAACGGUGGAGUUUGUGACGACAAGAAUGGUGUUUGUAUUUGCCCUGCUGGCUUCAAAGGAGAUAACUGCGAAACAGGCUGUGGGUCAAACGACUGGGGACGUAAUUGUAAUAACGUAUGUAGUGGUAGUCGUGCUGAAGCUUGUAGUGGUCAACUAUUUUGUCCGCCUGAUCCUGCCGGUUGCGCGUGCAUCGAUGGAUAUGGUGGAAACGAUUGCAAUACAGCAUGUGAUAGCAAUCACUAUGGUGCAGACUGUCGCCAAGUAUGUCACUGCAAUUUAGGAGUAUGUAAUAGAAAAACAGGGGAUUGUUCAUCCGGGUGUUCGGCCGGUUACAUGGGACCAGCUUGUCAAGAACUAAUGCCUAAUCAGACCUGUGAGUCUGGUGUUUUUGGUGUGUUGUGCAACUAUCCAUGUCAUUGUAAAGACUCGGCCGAUUGUAAUCGCGAUGGGAGCUGCGACAAUGGAUGUCACGAAGCAUGGACUGGAAAAGACUGCAGCAUAGCACUACCUUACAGUUCCAAACCGCCAACACUUUUGAAUCAAACAGCAACCACCCUAAAGAUUGCAGCCUGCAGCUGGGAUCCAGUUCAAGACUUUGGAACAGGAAAUAUAACUGGAUGUAAUUUAUGGUACAAAACAUCGCAGACAAGUGAAUUCAUUACAGUUAAUAACAUUGAACACGGUGUAUAUACCAUAGACAAUCUCCUACCACAUACGACUGUUGAAUUCUACACACGACAUUCGAGAUUAGUCGGCGGCAUAGAAACUGAUGGACCACCUAGCGAACAUGGAUCAGCAGAGACUAUAUGUACAAAGCCUUUAGAUGAACCAGAAAUAGAAUUGAAAACAGCUGAUAGUAAUGAGAUAAUCUUUACAAUUAAACCUGUUUCAAAUGCUCCAGAGCAAAUCCAAUGUGAUGGUAUACUUCGAUAUCAAGUGCGAUACCAAAGUAAAGUUGGGAAUGAACAUGACAUUGUCAACACAACGGACGGUUUGCAAACAGAAAUCGAGAUAUCGGGAUUAUCAAAUUGUGUUGCCUAUGACGUCGUUUCUAGAGUUGUUAAUAACGAAGAGUUUGUCGGAGAUUGGGGUGUACCUGUAGCGGUUGAAACAGCACCAUCUGUCCCAUUAAUUAAAGAAGAUUCAGUAGUCGGGGAAACGUCUUUAUUGAUGAAAUGGAAUGAAUCUACCUGUAUUACCCAGGACCUACAGGUGAUUUACCAUUAUCAACUAUUAGGAAUAGACCGCCAAGGAAGCACUAUAGAAACUGAGGUUUUUAUCAAUGAAGGAGUUGUACCAUGUACAGAGUAUACGUUUGCAGUGUUAGCUGCGCACAUGAACAUCAACGGAACAGCAGAUAUUAUGGAAGUCACGUCUGCAUUGGAUUAUCCCGGUAAGCCAAGCAUUACUUCUUUAUCAUCAACGUCUUCAUCUAUCACACUGGAGUGGAAAGCCAAUAAAGUUAAUCCGUGUCAAAUACUGGAAUACAAUGUGUCUGUAUACAGUGAUUUGACCAAUUUCACCGUGAAUGUCAUUGAAACUUCACUCUCAAUAUCUGAAGGUAUCAUGCCAAAUACUAACUAUUUUGUCAAGGUAGCAGCCAGGACGCACAAAGGCUACGGUAAUUUCUCAGAUUUUGAAAGUAUGUCUACAAACAAAGAAAAUACAGGAAUCGGUGCUUUUAUAGGUGGUCUGACGGGAGGUGUAGCUAUAGCAAUUUUUGCAAUUGUUCUGUUUAUUUUUGUUAAACGACGCCGCAAUUCGAACAAAGAUAUUGUUAGAACUCCUGUCAUUCAACAAGAGAUAGUACAUGGAAUAGAAAAUGAAAUGCUGGCUGCUGUGGAGGGUCAUGCUAGUUCAGUUGAAGUAAACUACUUAGAUGAUUAUGAUGACAAUGAUCCUACAGUCAGAAAUUUGUACGCAAACGCUGAACCUAUUUAUGGAAACACAAACUUGGAAAAUCAGGAAUACAAGCCGAUCGAGUUAGCAAAGUUACAUGAUUACGUCAUGAAUCGAAACAAGAGCUUAGAAAACGGAUUUGCGAAAGAAUUUGAGGACCUUGGCAAUAAGCCACUAUUCCCUUGGACUGCUGCGAAAAACUCUAAGAAUAGAACGAAAAACAGAUACGCAAAUAUUAUUCCAUAUGAUAAUUCUCGUGUAGUGCUUGGUCUCUGGAAAAACAUUCCUGAGUCGGACUAUAUAAAUGCUUCGUAUAUAGAUGGAUAUACGACACCACAUGAGUUUAUUGCAUGCCAAGGUAAAUAAUGUUGAAUGCUUAUAGCAUCGUAUCCUUAUUACAUUAAAUCAACAGCGCUAAUUUGAAUCAUAAUUCAGUGGUGACGUCAUCAGUUAUAUUAGCACUGAAUUUUCUAAUUCCCGACUGAUCACUAUAUUGAUAUAG